AGCACUUUAAUCUCUGUCUUUAGAAAGGAAAAGAUAGUCACUAGAUCCAUACAUAUAUGGAAUCGUCUCGGAACAAUAAUUUCUCAUUCUUUGUUCUAUUUACGAUGAUACUGAGCUUAGCACUAUUGUUGCUGGUGCCAUCUGCGAAAGCUCUAACAUGUGGCGCUGGGGAAACUUAUGUUCUUAACAGAACAGUGCAUGUCAGUUCCGAUCAGUUCUGCAGGACUUGUCCUUCAGAAGUCGAGGAGUUAUGUAGACUGCAAGGAAGACCUGUGUCCACAGUAGAGUGCAACUGGUGGAAUUCUCCCCCACAACUAAGGGAAUCCGUGUGCCAAGGUUGUUGUGGUAAACCUACGGCAACACCAGCGCGUCCAAUAUCAAAUACUGAAUGUCAAGCAGGAGACAUAGAGACAUCUUUCCCCUUGUAUCCUAAUUUCCCUUGGAAUUGUGGCCUCUGUCAAGAUGGUUGCAAAAAGAAAUGUAGGCAUGAAAGUAAAUGUAUGCCAACCGGAAACGCGACUGUGUCUAGAGAAAUGUGCACGUACAUGGAAUAUUGGGGGGAAGCAAUUUUUGUGUGCAAUUGCUGUUGCAGAAAGACCAACGCAUAUUUAUUAUCGCCCAUGUGAUAGUUGAUUAAACUUUGUCAUGCACCUUGCUUUUGGGUGUAUCUCCGUGAGCUAGCUGCUGUUGUUCAUAAGAAUAUCGAUCUAAUGUGGUAAGUUCGACAGAACCUUAUACAUAUUUCAUUAAUAUAAUUGUUGAACCGUAUAAUAAACUUAAAUGAAUAAGCAGCAUGCACUACAUAUCUUCCAUUUGUUUUGGCAUUUGUUUCUGUAUUUGUUUUUGUAUCUGCACGGUGAUAAUAUUGUACUUGGCUGUGUUAUUUUACGAAUGAAUAAACAUUUUAUU